AUGCUUUCUCUGCUGGGAAAAAUGUAUACCCACUUUCUACAGGUCUUGCAUCUUUUUAUAGGGCUCAUUAUUAUUUUUGGGCUCCUGCAAAUCAUUAAGUUGUACCGGAGGAAGAAAGAACUUCUCAAAAACUUCCAGAGUUUCCUAGGACCUUCCAGUCACUGGCUUUAUGGCCAUAACAGGGAGAUCCAUCGAGGACAGGAACUGAGGAAAACCUUAGAAUGGACAGAAAAAUAUCCUUAUGCCUACCCUAGGUGGUUUGGUGGCUUCGUGGCUGUCUUAGUAGUUAACCAUCCAGAUUAUGCAAAAACUGUGUUUGGUCAUGGAGAUCCCAAGGCUAUGACGACCUAUAAGUUCUUCCUCCCUUGGAUUGGAAAAGGACUUCUGAUCCUGGAUGGACCAAAGUGGUUUCAGCACCGCCGACUGUUAACUCCAGGGUUCCACUAUGAUAUUUUGAAACCUUACAUAGCACUGAUUGCAGAUUCAACCAAAGUGAUGCUAGAUAAAUGGGAGAAGAUGAUUGACAAGGAUGCCACAAAAUCACUGGAGAUGUUUGAACAUGUCAGUCUGAUGACUUUGGAAAGCAUUAUGAAAUGUGCUUUCAGUUACCAGAGCAGAGGGCAGACUCACAGAGAGUUGGAUUCUUACAUAAAAGCAGUUUAUGACCUGACCUAUUUGGUGUCACAGAGAGUCCGUACCAUGUUGUAUCGGCUUGAUCUCAUCUAUCGAUGGACUGCAGCUGGGCGCAGUUUCCUGCAAGCCUGUAGAGUGGCACACCAACAUACAGACAAAGUCAUAGAAGAAAGAAAGAAAUCUUUUAGGAAGGAGGGAGAACUUGAAAAAAUCAAACAAAAGCGGUACUUGGAUUUUCUGGAUAUUCUUCUUUGUGCCAAGGAUGAAAAUGGUGUUGGGUUAUCUGAUGAAGAUCUGCGUGCUGAAGUGGACACUUUCAUGUUUGAAGGCCAUGAUACCACAGCCAGUGGGAUCUCUUGGCUAUUAUAUGCAAUGGCCCAGAACCCAGAACACCAGCAAAGGUGCAGGGAGGAGAUAAAGGACACUCUGGGAGAUCGAGACACAAUUCAGUGGGAUGACCUGGGGAAGAUUCCUUACACCACCAUGUGUAUUAAGGAGAGUCUCCGUCUUUACCCUCCAGUGCCUGCCAUCUCCCGGCAGCUUAGUAAACCCAUAACUUUUUGUGAUGGACGCAGCUUACCUGAAGGUUCCCUGGUGGCAAUUAAUAUUUAUUGUAUCCACCGAAACCCUAGAGUAUGGCAAGACCCAGAGGUGUUUGACCCCACUAGGUUCUCACCCGAGAAGUCAUCUCAGAGGCAUUCUCAUGCUUUUGUGCCUUUUGCAGCUGGACCAAGGAAUUGUAUUGGACAGCAGUUUGCCAUGAAUGAGAUGAAAGUGGCCCUUGCCCAAAUCCUACUCCGGUUUGAAAUCUUGCCAGAUUCAGCAAAGCCUCCUGUUCCGAUCCCCCAGGUUGUUUUAAAAUCUGAAAAUGGGAUACACCUGUUGCUAAAGAAACUCAGCUGAUAGCAUAUACAAUUGUAGGGUUGGAGAGGACCAUGGGCCAUCUAAUCUAACCCUCUGCAAUGCAGGAAU